AUGAAUGUGGAGCAGCGAAAGGCAUCCGAGCAGGAGUCGCCGUACUCCUUAAGAAAUAUAUUGAAAUCGUCAAGAUCACCUUUUGAAGAAGACAACAUGAAGGUCGAACAGGUUAUAAGACCAGUUGAGCCUGAUUAUCCACGAAAUUUUGUUGUGAGAUCUGGGUGA